AUGGCUUCCACGAGUUCCCCAUCCAUUGCCCUUCUCCUCUCUCUCAACCUCUUUUUCUUUUCCAUGGUCAGCUGCAACACCCUAACCGCUGCCACUCCACCACCAGCUAACUGCCCGGAAUUAAAGAUUUGCGCCGGCGUUCUGCUGCCCCCUUUUCAACCUGACCCCAAUUGCUGCCCUCUUAUCGCUGGUCUUGUUGACCUUGACGCCGCCGUGUGCCUCUGCGACAUUCUCAAGCUCAACCUCGGAAUUAUCAAGGUUAACCUAGACAUUCUCAUCAACCUUCUAUUAGAAACCUGUGGCCGCAAACAGACCACCCACCAUUGCGAAUGA